UUUUUGAAGUCCAUCAGUGGUCACAUGUGAGGGAUUCUCGCCAUUGGUUUUUGCCUGAGAUUAGAAUGAACUUUGUCUCAGUUCCUCAUAAAGAGAAAGAGAAUCUCGGCUUGAAUCCGUGCCUUAGUGAUUUGAAUAAUUCCUUUGUAUGGCAAUUCCUAUCCUUAUCAAUUAGCUCAUAAUGUUAUCGGGGACUAAACCGCUUACUGGAUGACACAAUUGGAAAGAGUGUGUACGCACAGUUGGAAAGCGAAUCGGUAUGCGCGUUGGACACAGAACAGGGAAUGAGUCCACCAGAGUGGAGGGAAACCGUUCCCAGUUUAUAAUUUGACACUGAUAUCUUCAGGGUGUUGUCUAAAUAAAAGGAAGUAGCCUUGAACUCAUCGUGCAGAGAGAGAGUCGAGCAGAAUGUAUGAGAGCGGAUCGGAUGAUGCAGCUGGAUGUGACUCAACUGGAUCUGAACCAGCUGUCAGCAGCACCGACGCCCACGGCGGCAGCGGGACAGUCAGACAGGGCACCGUUGUGGAGCGGCUGUCGAGAUAUGGCAUGCAGGUCAUGCCCAGCGCUUUCCAGCGUAGGUCGAGGCUGCGGAGGCAGCAAGAGGUCAGUGACGGCUCCGAGCUGGGAGGACUGCAGAGAGAGGCUCCGGAGAGAGGGUCGCUCACACCCGCUAUGCGUAAAAAAUACCUAAAGGACUUGAUUUUGAGCAACCCGUCACACAGCGGCUUCAGCAGCGUCCUGUCUUCUCAGACCCGGAGCGUGUCCGCAGAGCAGGACACAGACUGGGCUCUGUACCCGAUGGAGCACGCGUGGAUGUUGUCCGCGGUGGAGGGAAACUAUGAGACCAUCCUGGAUUUCAUCUCCGAGGACCCGUAUCUGUUGACCAGGAGGGAUUUCAUCAGCGGGUACUCGGUUCUGCACUGGUUGGCCAAGAGGGGACAGGACGAGACCCUGAUCAAACUUUUGCGGUACGCAGAAGGAGCGAAGAUCCCCGUGAAUGUGAACCUGCGGGGCAGCGGAGGGCUCACCCCGCUGCACGUCGCCAGCAUGCACGGCCAGUACAUGGUCAUCAAGCUGCUGGUCGGAGCUUUCGGUGCCAACGUCGACGCUAUGGACUAUAACGGGAAGAGAGCCUGGCAGUAUCUGAAGGGAGACGCCCCGCUGGAGAUGAAGGAGCUGCUCGGGACUUGGGACGACGAGCACAGCUGCGGCUGGCCGCAAAACGCCAACAGAAACGUCAACAACAACAGCAGCAGCAACAACAACGGCAAUAUCAGCAGCAGCAGCAGCAGCAGCUUUGGCGCAAUGAACUUGACCGCAUGUGAUGAGGUCGAUGCUGGACAGACAGCUGAGGUGAACUCCUUUAACCGGACUAAGAGGAGAGACAGCUGGAGAUUUGGGUCUUUUAAAAAGCUGCUACCCUCGUUUUCAUUUCUUGGAAACAAAAACGGACACAAGCCUUAAAAUACCUGCAUUACUUCACAUUUAAUUUACUACUGUAGUGGGUCGAGGGGUCACAAGGUCACUGCAACAAUCUCUUUCCUACUAAGUCGUGUUUUCUUGCAACUUGAGUCCUCAUGGAGCUUAAAACAAGUCAAUAUUUCUACUCUAGAUCUGAAACCAGGGUUGUUUUUUUUUUAAUUCCAGAGAAGCAGUCUGCUUUAUGUACACAUUUCAUCUGAACUACAAGUUUAUUUCUACUGGAAACAGACUUAAAUUACCACUAUACAUACAGAAGCUUUCAUUAUAGACUUAACUUGAUGAGAUAGGGAUUAACAGCAAUGACCAAAGGGAUGAGAUAUUUUUGUUGUCUAAAAAUCCUUAAAAUGAACAAUAUAAGAAAGAAAACGGAUUAAAACUCACAUCCAGACUGAAGCUAUGACUGAUGAGGGGUCACCAGUAGCUACAUCUGGAGGAGUCUCAAGCCAAAAAGGGAAUCACUGCACUAUUUCACCAGGAUAAUCCCCUCAGUAUACCAUUUACCAGGGAGUUUGAAAAAAAUACUGUAACAUAAGAAUUCUUUAUUUUGCAUUAAACUUAAAUUCAAUGAAACACUGUAUAAUCUGGGUUUUUAAACAUUAUUUGUUGCUGCUGCUCCACAGCUCAAAUAUUAGCAGCUGCUGACGUGGCCACGUUUUUCUCCACUUUGAGUAAACAUGUCGUAGUUGGUCUUGCUACUACAUUAGGCUUCUUGAAUAGCAGUGCUGUCUUUGGCUCAAGCAACAAAGCCAGACCAUGAAUCUUCCAUGAAAAAGUGAUUCAGAAGUCUUUGCCGUGUGGUCACAGAUUGAAAACCCCUUCAGAGUGAGUGUUUCUCUUUCCAUAAAGCUGUGUCAGCACUACCCUUCCCCACGCGAUGUUUGGUUUGCCUCAGGAAAACACUCAGCCUGUAAAUGGACAGUUCAGUUUCACUUUGUGUGUGUGUGUGCAUGCAUGCAUGUGGGGGAUAAAACCAGGAAACAGCUACAUUUCAAGUUUGAUCACAGAUCUUUUAUUAUCAAACAUGACGAGAUAACAUGGCUCCCUCCACGCAGUCAGGCCCAGCAGCUGGAGGUCCUGGCAGACGGCAGCCUGGAAGGACACUGGGAUCCAGGGACCCUCAUGUUUACAGGCCGAGCUUGGUCCUCCUCCAGU